AGGAGUUGAGUGCCACCCCCAUCUGCAGAAAAUUGGCAAUAUCUCUGAGGAGCCCUUGCUUUUCCUGGGAUACCCAGCAUCAUGGUUUCCUGUUUCCUGGAGUCUCUCAGUGUCCUGGGUUCCCUCCUGCUGCUUGGAUUCCAGCUCGUCUGCCCACAGCCCUCCACUGAACACAGAAAGGUCCCGCAGCGGAUGGCGGUGGCCGAGGGCGCUCCCGAGGACGGCGGCGGCGGCGCCCCGGGCGUGUGGGGCGCCUGGGGCCCCUGGUCCGCCUGCUCGCGCAGCUGCAGCGGCGGCGUGAUGGAGCAGACGCGACCCUGCCUGCCUGGCUCGUACCGCGCACGCGGCGGACCGCCGCCCGGAGCCCCCGCGCGCGCCUUCGCAGGCCACGUGGUGUCAGCCGUGCGUACGUCGGUGCCGCUUCACAGGAGCCGCGAGGAGCCACGCGCCCCCGCCAGCCUCAACUACAGCCGCCAGGGUCCGGCGCAGCGAGGUAGCCGGCACCCGCAGGCCCGGGGCCGCGAACCCACGGCGGAGAGAAGGAGCAGGACCCGAGGUCCCAUCGGCCCCGGCAUGUAUGGCUAUGGUAAGGCCCCAUACAUCUUACCACUGCAGACGGACUCUGCACACCUGCCACAGAGGCUUCGGAGGCAGAGGCCCUCAUCCCGGAAUUCCAGGUCCCAGGGGGCAUCUGGUUCUAGCCAUGGCUACAACCCUCCAGCCCUCCGGGCCCCCCGACAUGGACCUCUGUACCAGAGUGACAGUGGACCUCGUCCUGGACUGCAAGUCUCUGAGGGCUCCAUCUACCAGCUGCCUUUGACCCAUGACCAAGGCUUCCCUGAAGCCUCAAAUCUCUUCCACAACCCAGAAACAAGCAGCAGCCCUGGCCUGGGGGCCCACAGGGCAGCUCAGAGCUUCUCCCAGCCUGCCCGAUCUACAGCAAUCUCCUGCAUUGGGGCCUAUCGGCAGUACAAGCUGUGCAACACAAAUGUGUGUCCAGAAAGCAGUAGAAGUAUCUGGGAGGUACAAUGUGCAUCCUACAACAACAAGCCGUUCAUGGGCCGGUUUUAUGAAUGGGAACCGUUUGCAGAAGCCAAGGGCAAUCGGAAGUGUGAGCUGAACUGCCAGGCAAUGGGGUACCGCUUCUACGUACGGCAGGCGGAGAAGGUCAUUGAUGGUACCCCCUGUGACCAGAACGGCACGGCCAUCUGCGUGUCUGGGCAGUGCAAGAGCAUUGGCUGUGAUGACUACCUAGGCUCCGACAAAGUCGUGGACAAAUGCGGGGUGUGCGGAGGCGAUAACACGGGCUGUCAGGUUGUGUCGGGUGUGUUUAAGCAUGCCCUCACCAGCCUGGGCUACCACCGAGUUGUUGAGAUUCCUCAAGGAGCCACAAAAAUCAACAUCACCGAGAUGUACAAGAGCAACAACUAUUUGGCCUUGCGAAGUCGUUCUGGCCGCUCCAUCAUCAACGGGAACUGGGCAAUUGACCGGCCUGGAAAAUAUGAAGGAGGAGGGACCAUGUUCACAUACAAGCGACCAAAUGAGAUUUCGAGCACUGCCGGAGAGUCCUUUUUGGCCGAAGGUCCCACUAAUGAGAUCUUGGAUGUCUAUAUGAUACACCAGCAGCCUAACCCAGGAGUCCACUACGAGUACGUAAUCAUGGGGAACAAUGCCAUCAGCCCACAGGUGCUGCCUCACAGGAGACCAGGGGAGCCCUUCAACGGCCAGCUGGUACCAGAAGGGGGGAACCAGCAGGAGGGAGAAGGGAAAGAGGGGGACGAAGAGAAGGCAGACGUGCACGGCGGGGCACCUGAAAUUUUCACCUCGGAAUCAGCACAGACCUUCCCGGUCAGGCAUCCUGAUAGAUUCUCUCCCCACCGGCCGGACAAUGUGGUACCACCAGCACCACAGACCCCACGGCGGAGCCGGGAUCACAACUGGAAACAGCUGGGGACAACGGAGUGCUCGACAACCUGCGGGAAAGGAUCGCAGUACCCUAUUUUUCGCUGUGUGAACAGAAACACUCACGAAGAGGUUCCUGAGAGCUACUGUGACUCGAGCAUGAAGCCGACCCCGGAGGAGGAACCCUGCAACAUCUUCCCUUGCCCAGCCUUCUGGGACAUCGGGGAGUGGUCUGAGUGCAGCAAAACCUGUGGCCUGGGCAUGCAGCACCGCCAGGUUCUGUGUCGCCAGGUGUAUGCCAACCGCAGCCUGACGGUGCAGCCCUACCGCUGCCAGCACCUGGAGAAGCCCGAGACCACCAGCACCUGCCAGCUCAAGAUCUGCAGCGAGUGGCAGAUCCGGACGGACUGGACCUCGUGCUCGGUGCCCUGCGGAGUGGGGCAGAGGACCCGCGAUGUGAAGUGUGUGAGUAACAUCGGGGACGUGGUCGAUGACGAGGAAUGCAACAUGAAACUCCGGCCCAACGACAUUGAGAACUGCGACAUGGGACCCUGCGCCAAGAGCUGGUUCCUGACGGAGUGGAGCGAGAGGUGCUCGGCAGAGUGUGGGGCUGGAGUGCGGACACGCUCGGUGGUGUGCAUGACCAACCAUGUCAGCAGCCUGCCGCUGGAGGGCUGCGGGAACAACCGGCCAGUGGAGGCCACCCCGUGUGACAACGGGCCCUGCACGGGCGAGGUGGAGUGGUUUGCGGGAAGCUGGAGUCAGUGUUCCAUCGAGUGUGGGAGCGGGACCCAACAGAGGGAGGUGAUUUGUGUUAGGAAGAACGCUGACACCUUUGAAGUGCUGGACCCCUAUGAAUGUUCCUUCCUGGAGAGACCCCCCAGCCAGCAAUCCUGCCACCUCAAGCCCUGCGGAGCCAAAUGGUUUAACACAGAAUGGAGCAUGUGUUCCAAGAGCUGCCAGGGCGGCUUCCGCGUCCGGGAAGUGCGCUGUCUGUCUGAUGAGAUGACCCUCAGUAAUCUCUGUGACCCUCAGUUGAAACCAGAAGAGAAAGAAUCUUGUAACCCUCAGGACUGCGUCCCUGAAGUUGAUGAAAACUGCAAGGACAGGUACUACAACUGCAACGUGGUGGUCCAGGCCAGGCUCUGCGUCUACAACUACUACAAGACCGCCUGCUGCGUCUCCUGCACGCGCGUGGCCAACAGGCACUCGGGCUUCCUGGGGAGCAGAUAACACCCCGCUCCGCAACUGUGGGCAGGUCAGGGAGUCUGUGAGCAGUGGGACUGGCUGACUGCUGCCCCCUCCUGGGGGCUCCCUGGCCUGUGGAGCUGCCAGCCAACUUAGUCAGCACCCCACCUUCAUAAAGUGUACACACGGUGCCCAGGAGCAAGGCCACAGUUGUCCUUUGAGCAUCACCGUGAACUGCUGACCCCUCCUUCAGAGACCUGGCACCUGCGCUCUCUGCAGACCGAGCGGUGGGGACUGCGUGCAGCUCUCGACCGACUCCCGUCCUGGCACUUUUUAAGUCAGCAGUCAGGCCCUGUCUGGGCACUGCCUAGCCCCAGUGCUGCUGGCCUUUCUAAUACCAGCGCCCCUUGGAGAAUCAGAGGAGACAGUCCCCCCACCCCAGAGCCCCCCUAAGCCUUGCUAGGAUGCCUGCAUCCCUCUGUUACCUCAGCCCGCCUGUGCCUAUUUUUACUCUCAAAGACAUUAGGCUCUUUUCCAGCCUUGUGACACAGAUAUCUCAUGCCAGUUUAGAGCUUUAUUGUUUUGCAGGUGUAUUCAGAGAUAUUAGCUCAUUAGCGGCUGUGAGCACAGCGCUCCAGAAUGGGAGUCAGGGAAUGAAUCUUGUCCCCAUUUUACUGACAAGGAAACUGAGACUGAACUUAGGUAACCUACCUGCCACGUUAGCAGGUAAUUGACCCAUUCAGUGACAGAGCUGAGUCCUGACCCCAGUCGUCUGACCACAAAGCCGUCACCCCGAGGCCUGUCCAGAAGGCUUAGGUCUGCAGUAUGUGGCUUCAUUUCAGACCUAGAGGCUGAGAAGUUUCCCAUUCAGCAAACAAAGCCCAGAUCUUUGAAUUCUUUCCUCGGGCCAAAAGUCAAGUCUUUAUCUCCUGUGCUCAGUUGUUUCAGGAGUCUGUUUCUUUUUUCCCUUCCCCCACAAAGUCUCAGGUCCUGGUGACAGGACUCUGCACAGUUUCUUAAACCCCAUCCUUAAUGGAACUAUGCCAUGAGGUAAGAAAGCCAUUGGCGUAGAAAGGUGAUUGCCUGAAAUUCUGAUUCCUCUCCCCAGUGGUACAUGCCGCCCAUGGAAUCCGACAUUGUGGACCCUUUGGCCUUUUGUCUCCCAGAGCAGAUUUCCAGAGCACACAGCUCUGUCCCCUGGGCUCUCACCCCUUCCUCAGCCAUCUCUCCUGGGUCCUUCCCCACACAUCACCCAGUGGAAAGUCUAACCAACCUGUCCCAGCAAAAGCCCUAUAUUUACAUUAGAAAGAGUCUCCCUUGGGUCUUUCUGGUUUGUUUUGCAGAUGUCUCUCUGUGACUUUGCAUCCCUCCCUUCCCCCAUGACUCACAACCCAUAUUCCCCCUCCCAGAUGUGAGCACUAAGAUCUAUAUUAAUGCAGCCAGCCUGGGAAAAGGGGCUGUGAACUCCUCCACGAUGGCCCCAGCGGCAGGGUCUUCCCUGAUUCACUUCACAUAACUCUGUAGUUCCCGAGGCCUGUGGCUGGAAGGGGAAUGCAGUGCACAUGAAAGAUGAGCUAUCUGAAGAAUCAGUGAGGAUAAA